AUGUCCACACAAAGAGAGGAUACUCAAGGAGGCCUCGACAUCUAUCCCGCGAGCUACUUCAUGCCUAUCCGCCGCGGCGGCAAACGCCCGAUCAAAGUCGUAGGCUACACACUCAGAGCGCUCGCCGAAACCUGCCGCAACGAAGAGAGAUACAAUGCCGCCCGCGAAGCUCUCAUGAGCAUCAUUCACGUCCUUGAGGAAGAAAUCGAGAUGCUCGGAGUCGAGUCGUCUACCAGAAGACCAUCUGAGCAGAGAUACCUCAACGGCUUGGAGGAUGCCUUGUCUACCGUCAUUGGCGUUCUCAACUAUUGCAUCGUCAAGCCGGCAUCUUCCUCUUCCCCGAAAGCUCAUGUAGAGACGUCGCAACAGCUUCAUCGCCCUUCGCGUCCCCCCGGGGCGAAGACUCUCGCAGAGGUGUACGCUAGCCGCCCGCUUCUAAGUCUGGAAAGCCUAGGACAGACCUCCGAUGAUGUCAAAGGCAAGGGACCGAUGACACCCGAUAGAAUCGACAUCCGCCAGGUAGAAAGUGCCGCUCGCUGGCUGGACUUCAUCGUCGGCGAGGAGUAUCGUAUCCCACCGAGAAACUCACCCCAUGGCAUCUCCUCGACCGAAAGCGACGGCUCGGGCAUCAGCACCCCCUCGACUACAAGCAGCGGCUCCUCGGCCCAGAACGUCCUGUCGUUCCCCUCCAGCCAGGAUACCGAGAGAUUCGUCCACGCCGAAGAGAACCAACUGACCCCUGAUGCUUUGGAACUCAUCCGCGGUAUCGACACCAUCCAGAUCCUGUUCCAGUACGAGCGACAAUGCCGUAUCUCGGAGCGCAGAAUCGCGGCGGAGCUGAUCAAGUCGAACGUCCUCCGCCGGGCCAUCUUCAAGGACCGCAUCGGCCGCAUGCCCAACUUCGAAUACGCAAACUGCAAAGGCAAGGAGGAUGCUGAGGAUGGCAUCAAUGAUCCGUUCUUUGGUCAGACGAUGUAUGAGAAGGCUGUGGGACAGGUGAAGGCUCUCUUCCGGCGCUGGGGUGCUACAGCCUGGCAUGAUGACACCGAGACGGAGGCGGAUACGGAGACAGAUAUCGAUAGUGACCUUAAGGAAGCAAGCCCGCAAGCUGUCGGAGAGCAUACUGGCUCGACUAGUGAGAGUCUCAUGGAAGAGGGCGACUAUCUCGAGCCCAGCCUCGCAUGCCUCAACCCGUAUUCGGAUCUCUCAUUUCCAACGGUGCCGAACCCUUCGUACCAGCUUAAAUACCAGGGAACAGAAGCUUGUGUGCCAAAACUACACGUCCCCGUUUACCAGGGCUUGUUCAUGACAUCGCCGGACUUGACGCCGAAAUGUGGAAGCUCAGAUGAUACAUCCAACCCUCUUUCGUCCUCCGAAUACCGUCCGCUGCCCAGUCAAUCGGAUCUUAUUGUAGAAGCAAACAGCCCCGAGGACGUCUGGGAUCUACUCUCAUCUUCCCAAGACUCGCUGCCGAUAGUUGAACAGAUGCCCGCUUCCAGGGAACGAGAACGCCUCGAGCACCGCAAGUCGCCCUUCCUUCAAUAUUAUGGCUUGCACUUCCCAAAGACUAAUCUCGGAGAAGCCAGUCAUGGGGCACCACUCGCGGCCUCGCGCACGAGUACGCAUGGUUCCCAGGGAACGUCAGCAGAGCCAGAUUGUCCUGCAAGUCCCGCAGGUCCUUCGCCUCCUUUCGAACCCUGGACUGUCGUGUGUCAAUGCAAGGGAUGUCAGGACCGGGCUUCUCGCGAUCAGGUUUGA